AUGAACCAGUUAAUGGAGCGGGUGAAUAGACUGGAGGAGAGGAUGAAUGGACUAGAUGAUUCGAAAGAUGAUUUUGUUUAUGAGUACCUCAGCAGAGAGAAAGUGAAUGCGGUGUUUACUCUCUGCGAGAAUGAUUUGGAAGAGUUUGUACUUGAUCUAGCAAGGAAAAUUCCCGGAGACUGGAUGUAUUAUAGUCAGCCGCGCUAUAGUUUGAACUAUAGGGAGGUGUACUUUAGUCGUGUCGGAUUCAUUAAAAAGUGUGUUUUCAAAUACUACAAAGUACCUGAACAUUUGCGCAAAAUCGUGUGGAAACCAUUGAAGAACGUUUGGAUAAGUUCGUACAGGAAAGGAUAA